ACACGCCCUCCCAACAGUCUAACACAUCAUGCAAAUUGGAGGCUCAGUGAGCAAAAUAUUUUGUCCGUAGAGACGAGGAACAUUGAUGUCGGCGUCUUCAAAUCAAAGUCAAUGACUCUGGUGUUUAAACUCAAGACCAGGUGACGUUUUUCCCAACAAUUUCGGCUGCUGCACAUGUAGGUGAACACUUCAGCUUUGAUCCACCGGUCAUUGCAAGGACGCACUCCUUGGUCAUCUUUAAGCAAUCAUCAGGUCAGUCUCAGCUGACCCACAUGGAGGACAGAACAGACAGUCCCAUAGCCGUGAAGGUGGAGGAGCAUUCUCGGUGUGUCAUCCUGACCUACUUCCAGGGUGACAUCAACAGCAUGGUGGACGCUCACUUCAGCCGUGCCCUCAGCAAAGGCUGCAAGGCCAAGGCACCGGCAGCAAAGGCAAAGAAAAUACGUAAAAGUAUUAAACUGGAGGAAACCAGCACCUGUCAGGGGCCAGCUGUUGAGUGUUACUCAGAGUCACAGCUCCCUCCUGUAGCAGGACGUCUCAUGAACUUCAGCCCUGCAGACGACCCCGCUGGCUCGUGGCACUCGUUCACAACCAGGACAGGAGAGGGUCCGGGGUUGCCGUCCCUCACCUACUCCCUGUCCCCAGAUGGGUUGAGUCUUACUGGACAGCAAUACGCCUCAUCUCUGCUCAACCUCCUGCAUAGUGACCGGGGUGAGAUGGGACCCAGCGUGGCCUCCAGCUCCAAGCCAGAACUGCAUCCCAGCUGGACGAUGCCUCAGGGAUUUAGAGACUCCAUGGACCCCACCUUAGGAUUUGAACCUGGACGUCGUCUGGACAAGAAGGACUUGUACUGGUACUGAAAAGAGACACAGAGGGAGAGUGGCUGGAGCAGCAGAGGCAGGAACAGCUUCAACAACACCACACACAUACUUGUGACUCUGUAAAGCCGCUUGGCUUUCUGCUCAGCCGUCAGGUGUUUUCUCGUCAAACAGGUGUCACUGAGCGUCCUCUAAGAAUACCCACAGGAGGAGCACUGCAGCGCUUCCAUUUCCACUCCACAGUGAAAUGAGCUCAGCACGUCAGCACGCACCAACUGGAACAACCUUUCUGAAAGGGAACACUCUCUGACAAACCUGUUCUUCAACUCUGUCACUCCUCUUGUAAGAUCUCAAAGAACUGUAUAUGUUGUUGCUCCCGGUGAUUGAAGGGCAUUUUUCUUUUGCUGUCAUCAGGCACUUCUCUUCUAGUGGGCCUGUCAAAUACUGGAAUUCCUAACUUCGAUGCAAUACCUUGGACAUGAUAGAUAUUCCAUACCAGUGGGAAAAAUUGUCAUUUAGGGCGUAUAGAUUAGAGAUUUUUACUAAAAGAUAAAUAUGACAUGGGCUUUAAAAUGACAACAAAUUCUCUUUCUUGGUCAGCAGCAGAGAGCAGCAGAAUGACUGUGGUAAACAUCAACAAUAAAUUCCCAUUAACAAUAUGGCAGUUCACAUGUUCAGAAGCAUUUAAAGUCACACAUUUAAAGUGCUUAAGUGCAAGGGAAAAAAACAUUUCCUUAUUCCAGUAGGCUUUUACCUAUUGUGCAUUUGUUGUUUUAAGGUCACACUGGUUUUGGCAGUGUAACAGUAUGUGUCCCAUGGCAGUGAGGCCCCCUUUGAAUUAAACUGAAUAAAAUUUAGAGGAGAGCACAAGUGGAGGCGGGGUUACAGGGGCCACUGCAGUGGUAUGUAUGUAAACUCACUGUUGGAAAGAAGACAGUGUGAGGAAAGAGUAUUGAUAGCGUCAACACUGCGAAAAAUGAGUAUUGAAAUCAAUAUGUAUCAAUAUAUCUAUAUUUUUGACAACUCUAGCCUACACCAGUAAGAAGACCAGUAUUACAGUAAGUUAAAAGUCUAGUUUGUAGGAUUUAGUGGCAUCUAGCAGUGAGGAUUGCAAACUGCAACCAGCUGAACUCUCAGUUAAUUUCCUUCAGUGUUCAUUGUUCAGGAGAUUUUUUUACCAGGAGCUGGAUUAUCCUUCUCUCCAAAAAUGGGCCAGGGGUCUCAUUUAUAAAACAGUGCAUAGGAUUCAUGUUAAAAAUGUACAUAUGGACAAAAGCCAAAAAUGGUGUGCACCAAAAAAUACUUGACAGUUUCUACAAUCAGGCCUCCACCUCACCGUCUGCGUCGCCAAUUUACCAUCUCCAAAAUGUUCGUAAGCAUGGGUCAAAGUUUCUCCCAUCAAGUCUGUUUUCAUAGAUCACAACUUUUACGUGGGAAAUGGCGUAGAUAUCUUUCAUGCCUCGUUUUGUUCGUACACAUUGUUUAUGAAUGAGCCCCCAGAUGAUUUAAAAAAGUAAAAUCACUGUAUGAAGCAAGUGCAUGUUGUUUUCGGUGUUGUUUGGUUCAUCACAGAGGGGCUGCUAACUGCAGAGGCCAACGCAAAAACAUGAAUGGCCCUAUCUGGAGCCAGUGUGUGGUUUGUCAGUUCUGGGCCACGGUAGAAACAUGGCGAUGCAACAUGGCGGCUCAUUCUGAGGUAACAAAAACAUAAUUGUUAUUUUCAGGUGAUUACACACCAAAAAAAUAAUACUCAUUGUUUUAUAUUCCAUUUCCUCCAAAAUCCCCCUAAAUCCCACACACUGGACCUUUAAAGUGAGAGCAUUUGUGAGUGUAUAAAUAUUGAUGUUAAUAUCUGUUACAGUCCACAGUUAAAUUGAAGUUGCUGUGAGAAUAUUUUAUAUAUUCAAACAAAAAAAUAUAUGAAGGAUAGUGAUGUUUUGUUAAUGACUUGUUUUCUGUAAUCUUGUGUGUCGUGUACUGUACAAAAAUGGAAUCAUAUAUGAAGUUAAAUAAAUAUCUGAGCAGACGAACAAAAAAUCUUGAUAUCAUUCAGUGUUGAACACAGAUAUCUACUUAACAUGCUCUUAAUGUGAAAUAAAUUGAUGAGGGUCAAAUAGCAAACAGUCAGCAUGAACAAUACCAACACCUGAUGAUGCACAGUGUGAGAUUUUUCCUACAAAAAUAUAUAAAAGACAUCGAUCAGUGGUGGAAAGUAACUCAGCACAUUGACUCAAGUACUGAACUUUACUUGAGUAUUUUUUGUUACUAUACAGGGCGUUGCAGUGGUUAGCAUGGUUGCCUCACAGCAAGAGGGUUCCUGGUUCAAACCCUGAGGUAGGGGAGUCCACAUGCU